AUGUCUCUCUAUCUAUCUCUUUGUUUUUGUUCUUAUCGCUCUGUCUCUGUUUCUAUCUAUCACUCUAUCCUUCUAUAUCUAUCUACCUAUCUCUCUGUCUCUAUCAAUCUCUAUAUCUCUCUAUCUCAAUCUUUCUCUCUAUCUAUCGGUCUAUCUAUCUAUAUACGUCCACUUCAUAAUAUCUAUCUAUCUAUCUAUCUAUCUAUCUAUCUAUCUAUCUAUCUUCCAAUCGACUAUCUCUCUAUCUCUGUUUCUCUCUCUCUGUUUCUAUCUCUCUAUUUCUGUUUCUAUCUCUCUAUUUCUAUAUAUCUGCCAAUUUCUGUUUCUAUAUAUAUAUAUUUCUCUCUCUCUCUCUGUGUUUCUAUCUCUCUCUCUGUUUCUAUCUCUCUAUCUAUCUCUGUUUCUAUAUAUUUCUCUAUCUCUGUUUCUAGAAUAUAUAUAUCUCUGCUUUUAUCCAUCUCUCUAUUUCUGUUUCUAUCUCUCUCUCUCUCUCUCUGUUUCUAUAUAUCUCUCUAUCUCUGUUUCCAUCUCUCUCUCUCUAUCUCUGUUUCUAUAUAUCUGUUUCUAUAA